CGGCGGAAAUAGAUUGUAUUUGUCCCUGGCGCAGCUAGGCAGGGCAAGCGCUAUACUCUGACCAAAGACACAACCUGUUGUCCUCUUAGUCGUGUUGAAGAUGAUCAAGAACGGCCAUCACGCCGCUAAUGUUAGCGAGACGGAGAGGGAAACUGUCGGUAAUCCAGCAGUCAACGUCUCUGGUCCAGAGAAAAGAAAACGUAUUGUCCAGGUGUGGUGCGAUGGCUGCUAUGACAUGGUUCACUACGGCCACUCCAACCAGCUGAGGCAGGCUAAAGCCAUGGGGGACUCCCUCAUUGUUGGGGUGCACACUGACCGAGAGAUUGCCAAGCAUAAAGGGCCUCCAGUGUUUACCCAGGCUGAACGCUAUAAGAUGGUCCGUGCCAUCAAAUGGGUGGAUGAGAUAGUGGAGGGGGCGCCCUACGUCACCACCCUGGAGACCCUGGACAAGUACAACUGUGACUUCUGUGUACACGGAGAUGACAUCACACUGACUGUGGAUGGGAAGGACACUUAUGACGAAGUAAAGAAGAUGGGUAGAUAUAAAGAGUGUAAGAGAACCCAAGGUGUGUCCACAACAGACCUCGUGGGACGGAUGCUUCUGAUGACCAAAGCACAUCACAGCAACAUGGAUAAUUCGGAUUAUCAACAGCACACUGACAACUUUGGAAAGGGUCCUAAAGGCCACAGUCCGUGGACAGGCGUGUCCCAGUUCCUGCAGACGUCCCAGAAGAUCAUUCAGUUUGCCUCUGGGAAGGAGCCACAGCUGGGAGACACCAUCAUCUACGUGGCUGGAGCGUUUGAUCUCUUCCACAUUGGUCAUGUGGACUUCUUGGAAGCUGUGUACAAGCAGGCAGAGAGAUCAUAUGUCAUUGUGGGGCUCCACUUUGACUCGGAAGUGAAUCGCUAUAAAGGAAAGAAUUAUCCUAUCAUGAAUAUUCAUGAGAGAACUUUGAGUGUGCUGGCUUGCAGGUAUGUGUCUGAGGUCGUGAUCGGAGCACCGUAUGCUGUGGGGAAAGACUUGCUGGACCAUUUCAAGGUGGACAUUGUGUGUCAUGGGAAGACUGAGGUGUUUCCAGAUAAAGAUUCCUCUGACCCUUAUGCUGAGCCAAAGAAAAGGGGUAUUUUCCGUACAGUGGACAGUGACAAUGGCCUAACUACAGAUGAUAUUGUUCAGAGAAUCAUUGAAAAUAGGCUUCAGUUUGAGGCUCGAAACAAGAAGAAGGAGGCUAAAGAGAUGGCCGUCAUUGAGGCAAUGAGGCGCAAGGGCGAGGGGGAACCAACAGAGGGCGCUGUGGCUGAUGUGCUGUAGGUGAAGAACCUUUCUGCCUCCGCCACACCAGGCCAGGCCGGCCCUGGGGACAGCAAGCCAGACCAGCUACUACUACGUCAUCCACAGCCUCUGCAUCAGUUGCUCAGUAAAAAAAAAGAAAAAUAAUUGCACAUGCAGCUUCUAAAACAGCACACCUCAUCAGCUGUUCACAGAUAACAUUUUGAGAUAAGGUUGGUUGAACAAAUGUGUAGAUUUUUAAUUGAAGCUAAUUUAGAGUCGAACAUGAAUGUUGCUUAUUAUGACUCUAACCCUGAAACAUUUAAUCACAAAUUGUUGAUUGUUUGAUACUUUGUCUGCUUCUUUACAUCGUCUCUGUGUUAUAAUCACAUUUUAAGGUGGUUUUUUUUGUGUUUUUUUUAAGCAAAUCUGUGAACAAUGAGUACAUUUUAAAAUGAUUUCAAUGUGACCCAUGCCUGAAAAGAAAAAAGAGGUACAUAAUCAGGGAAAUGCAUGGGAAACAAUUUGACAAUGUUAUUGGCAUAUUAAAGCUGACAUUGUUAUUGAUCA